CCAACUCGGUUUCACAUCAUGGGGAAACAUGGCUGCGGUCCGCUGUCAAUGGGCUCUGGCAGAGCUGGAGCAGGCCUCCAUCUCGGAGCGCACUUGCAACAAAGUCAUUGCCACAUGUGGCAGGCAGAUUCAGUGGCAGCGAGCCAUUCAGGUGCUCUUUCAGAUGGUGGAGGUGCGACAAGCAACGAGCAUCAGCUGCAACAGUUGCAUGGCGGCCUGCAGCAGAGCUUCCCAUUGGCAAAAGGCUUUGCACUUGAUGAGGUGCUUGCGAGGUUUCAUCCGCCACGACGGCGUCACAUACAAGCAGGCGGCUCGCGCGGCUGGCGAGAGCAGUUGGCGCAGUGGGUUGAGACUUUUGCAAGAAGGAUUUGAGAAAAUGACGGAAGCAGAUGUCAUACACUAUGACCUAGCGUUGUCGCUCCGGCAGAGUGCUGGUUCUGAUCAUUGGCCCGAAGCUCUUCACCUGAUGCAAAACAUGGUAGAAGCGCAGGUGCAAGCUGAUGUGCGCAGCUAUUCUUCCAGCAUGACUUUCGAAGCUGCUUGGCCCACCAUUGGCCUCCUUUUCCAAGAUUUGCUGCAGCGUAUGGAGGCCGACGAGUACACUUGCAACACUGCCGUCUCUGCAGCGCCAUGGGUACGUGCCUGGUGUCUACUCCGUCGCAAGGAGCACGGGAUGUCCGUUGUGUCUCACAAUGCCGCCAUGGCUGGAACUCCCUGGUUCAAGGCGGUUCAGGUCCUUCACACUCUGGAGACUGGAGGCUUGAAGCUGACUGCGGUGUCCUCUGGAACCAUCUUGAGUCAAAGCCGUGAUAUGGAAUGGCAGAGGCCGCUCUGGUUUCUGUCGCGCUGCCAGUCAAGGGACAUCCAAAGCAACUCGAUAGUUCAAAGCAACGUACUGGCUGCCCAUGUCGAUGCUGGACAUUGGCAGGAAACGCUCGGAAACGUGAUGGCGUAUCACAGCAGAGGAGGAAAUUUGAAUGUCGCUUUGAAGACCCUGAGCCUGAGCGCUUUUUCCCAAGCCGCGAGCUGGCAGAAAGCCUUGGCUCUCAGUGCUUCUGAGAGAAUCGAUGUUGUGCUGCUAAAUGCUUUGGUCACAUGCUGUGCCCGUGUGGCACGUUGGCAGGAAGGCCUAGAAGUUGUGUGUGGCAGUCUGGUGAGGCACUCGUUGCGGGCGAGUGUCGUCACCUUCAACGCGGCUUUGUCAGCGUGUGCCGCAGGUCAGCAGUGGCAAUUGGCUGUCAAUUUAAUUGAGGAGAUGGAGGGCCAAAGGCUAGCACCUGACAGCCUCACCUUGAACAGUAUGAUGCUAGCGCUUGGGGAGGCUGGCUUCUGGCAACAUGCCUUUGAGAUCCUGAAGAUGUUUUCUUCUUGCAACUGCGAAGCCAACGUGGUUUCCUUCACUACGGCCAUCACAGCUUGUCCCGCCCAUCAGUGGCCACAAAGCCUCGUCCUGGUACAGCAAGCUGCCAGUGAUGCCGCUGGUGAAACCAGCUGGGCAGCAGCGGUGACAACGCUGGGUCGCGCUGUUCGUUGGCGCGAGGCUAUGUGCUUGGGGCACAUAGCCAUGGAAGGAACCCACGAUGCUGUGAUGCUUGCCUAUGGAUGCUAUCAGAUGUUGGGUGGCGGCAGCGCCCAAGUGACGGAGCUGCGAGCUUGCAAGAAGGAGUUGAAGGAAUUGAUUGAAACUCGCAAUUGCCAUCCCAUUCUGGUUCGCUUGGCUUGGCACGACUCUGGCACCUAUGACCAGCGCAUCAAGGAGUGGCCUCAAUGCGGUGGUGCCAAUGGAGCCAUCCGUUUUGACCCUGAGAUGAACAUGGGCGCCAACGCAGGUCUUGACAAAGCCCGAGGCUACCUCCAAAAGAUCCAUGAGGCUUUGGGCUUUUGGUGGUACCUUCCAUGGUGA